AUGAACAAAAAUAUUGUGUAUAAUUUUAUAUUAAUAUUUAUAAUAAUAAAAUGUGUCAAAUCACAAGACAAUGAUCCUGAUCAACCAUCUGAAGAUGAUGAUGAAGAAGAUGAGUAUAAUUUUGAAGUUUCAGAUGUAGAUGAAAUAAUUGAGGAAGAAACUGGUGGACUUAUCAAUCCUCAAUACCAACCACAAUAUCAACAAAUAGAAGAAUCUCAAUAUCCAACCCAACCACAGACUCAGCCCCAACAAUAUCCAGGAUAUCUACCAGAAUCACAAGGAUAUCAACCUGAAUAUCAGUAUUAUCCAGGAUAUCAGCAACAACAGCAACAAUAUCAAACUGAUACUUAUGGGUAUUAUCAACCUCCAGCACCUACUCAACAAGUACCACAACAACUGGAUCAGUACUAUGAUCAAUAUGAAUCAACACCUCAGGUACCUCAACAUCCAGAUCAGUAUUAUCAGCAUUAUGGACCCACUACGCCUAUUCAACCGAGUCAACCUCAACCUCAACCACAACCACAACAACAACCAAGUUAUCAGUAUUACGAUCCUUAUAAUCCUACUCAACCUCAACAACCAGAACAGUAUCAUGAACCUAGUCAUCCUCCACAGCAACCAUCCUAUCAAUAUUACGAACCACCUCAACCUACUCAGCAACCAAGUUAUCAGCAUUAUGAACCUAGUCAUCCUACUCAACCACAAUCAACUUAUCAGUAUUAUCAACCUACUACGGCUCCACCGCCUCAGCCACAAGUACCACAACCACAGUAUCAGUAUUAUUUACCACCACCAACUCAACCACAAACUACAGAUGAUGAUGAAAAUUUUUAUGUGACAGAACAUGAUCAAGUACAUCAAGUGCCUUCUACAGGUGAUCCUGAGUUUAUAUAUGGACCAAGUCAACCGCCAACACAAUAUCCCAUUCCACCUCAACAAACUAUUGGUGAAAGUACUGAACAACCAAUUAAACCGCGAAAAAGAGCAACAAAGAGAAAAGAUCCUCGAACGCCAGAAAAACAAGGUGAUGAACAACCGAUUAAGCUAAAAAAGCCUAGGUAUAUUAAAAAAACUAAACAUAUCAACUUUUAUAAAAGAGGUCAUCUGGGAAUGCUUGUAGAAAUGAAUGAGAGUGACUAUAAUGUUACACAUAGUGAUGAAGAUAAGACAAAAUAUCUAUUCAAUGCAAAUCUUGAGCAGAUAGAAUCUGAUGGUGAGGUAGUCUACGAGCAUUUAUACGGAAUUCCAUAUUGUUCAUCAUUAACUCACAGUAAAAGAACAAACGUUAUUAUCAUUACUAAUAUUCAAGGGUUUAUAUUAAUUAAAAAAACUAAAGGGUUAUGGGAAAGGACUGAUGCUAAUAUCCCAGAUUACGUAACAUUGUUUAGUGAGGAUUCUGAUGGUGAACUGAUGUUUUUGAGUAAAGAGCAUUACAAUAUAAUUUUCACUUCAAAUGCAUCCUUUAGAUACGAAAUGUUGCCAGGUGUAGAAUGCCAUAAAAUAGUUGUUGACGGUCUAGUGGCAUGGGAGAAAACUGAAGAGGAUGAAGGUUUCCCUCUAGUUUUUUAUGUUACACCAAAAUUAACUGUUAAAGUUAACUUUGAAGGAUAUUUCAAAGUGUUUGAAAGGAGAGGUAGCAAAUAUACUCGCUUGUUCACUAAGUCUAGUGUCGGAGGAUCUAAAUAUCACUAA